GGAGAGAGCUACAGUUUGCUGCCCUGAACUGUAGGGGAAGAGAAUGUUUUAAAUAGCAUGGAAUAUCUGCGCUCACAGUCACACAGCACUGCAUCACUACAGAACAGCAACGUAUCCUGCAGGCACGCAAGGUUAAUGCACUACUGAUCACAGGCAGGGCCGCCAUUUAAACUGAGUUAUAAACAUGCCUCUUGGGAAGAACAUCAAGAAGAAAAUUGAGGACAUCAAUAUGGUGUACAACAUCAAGGAGAAGCUGGGAGCAGGGGCGUUCUCCGAGGUGGUCUUAGCCCAAGAGAAGAAUUCUGAGCGACUGGUGGCCCUGAAAUGCAUCCCUAAGAAAGCUCUCCGAGGGAAAGAAGCCGUGGUGGAGAAUGAGAUUGUAGUGCUGAAGAAGAUUACUCACAAAAACAUAGUAUCUCUGGAGGAUAUCUACGAGAGCCCCACACAUCUGUACUUAGCCAUGGAACUGGUCACUGGGGGCGAGCUUUUUGACCGCAUCAUUGAGCGUGGAUAUUACACAGAGAAAGAUGCCAGUCAGCUCAUACGACAGGUCCUUGAUGCUGUGCAGUACCUGCACAACAUGGGGAUUGUUCACCGAGACCUAAAGCCAGAGAACCUUCUCUAUGCCACCCCAUUUGAGGAUUCCAAAAUCAUGAUCAGUGACUUUGGCCUGUCCAAGAUUGAAGAUGGUGGAAUGAUGGCUACAGCGUGUGGGACUCCCGGAUACGUUGCACCAGAACUCCUAGAACAAAAGCCAUAUGGAAAAGCUGUAGAUGUCUGGGCAAUUGGUGUCAUCUCUUAUAUUCUGCUCUGCGGUUACCCCCCUUUUUAUGAUGAAAAUGACUCGGAGCUUUUUAACCAGAUCUUGAAGGCAGAAUACGAAUUUGAUUCUCCAUACUGGGAUGACAUUUCCGAAUCCGCCAAGGAUUUUAUACGCCACUUGCUGGAGAGGGAGCCAGAGAAAAGGCUUACGUGUGAGCAGUCACUACAGCAUCCCUGGAUAUGUGGAGACACAGCACUAGAAAGAGACAUCCAUGGUUCAGUGAGUGAGCAAAUCCAGAAGAACUUUGCACGAAGUCAGUGGAAGAGAGCUUUUAAUGCAACUUCGUUCCUCCGUCACAUCACCAAAAUGGGGCAAAGUGCAGAGACAGAGGAAAACCAGGGAAAACCUACCCCAGAAGAGAAGGACAAGUGGUGACUGGAGCUUUAAAUGGAAGACUUGACACCUGGGGGUGUCCAUACCUGGGACCUCCAUGUCAGGCACUACACCCUUGCAUGAGCUUGUGGUGACACCUGUCUGCAUGAUGCCUUCAGUGGCCAAUGGCUGUUUUUCCCUUAGCCCACCAUGGCCCUCCUUAUAUUCGUAUCCCUUCAGUCGGCCUCCGUUUUAUGAGAAGUUUCC